GUGAGAGAGAAAGACAGAGGGCGGGCUGCCGAUGUUUGUAGGUGCUCUCUCACAUAUUUUCAGUGUUCUUCUUGUGUCAAAGAUGCAGGUUGAAAGAGGACAAUCACUGUGGAUUUACACUCUGCUAUUAAAUUUUCUACAACUUUGGGGACAACUUUCAGCUUCGACUUCCCCUCCCCCUCUACCAGCACCUAUACUUGAUAUCUAUUCGAGGUCAAAGGGCUCAGUGGUUCUGGUCUGCCGGGCCCCAAAGGGCCACCAAGGGCUUCAUUUCAAGUUGUACAGAGACAGAGAAAAUGUGGACUCUCAGGAGCUGCAGUCUGCUGCUGUGGAGGUUCAGUUCACUGUGGCGGUAAAGGAGGAGGAUUCAGUCAAAUACUUCUGCUGUCUGUACACGGGCCAGGAUGGUCGUUACAGUUUGUUCAGUCCCUAUUUGCAGCUGGAGCAGCCAAAAGAAACAGGCCCCACUCCCUCUAUGCCCUCUCUGCCUACCCCAGUCUUGUCUGUGAAGCCCUCAACCGGUGUGGUGAAACGUGGGGACACACUGUCCUUCAGCUGCUCACUCCCUCUUCUAUCCCAGUCUCAGUCCCAGUCCAGCUAUGGCAACAAACCAGUGACCUUCUUUUUGCUGAGGGCUGCUGAGCACACAGGAGCAACAUCUAUUAUCCUCCAGCCUCGGGCCAGUCAGGUAUCGAACCCUGAACCCCAGCUGGGACUCUUCACUUUGGGACCGGUGAGGGGAGGAGAGGGGGGCGAGUACACCUGCCUUUAUCAGAUCACCAAAAAAAGAAGAGUAGUUAAUUCAACUGCAAGCAACAUGGUUCAAAUCACUGUCGCAGACGCAUUGCCAGUUCCAACCCUUAUCCUUCAGCAGCAGACAGAUGUGUGGCAUUUGCUGUGCACUGGGUCUCCUGCAUACCCUGGUGCUGUGUUCUCCCUCUACCUGGCUGAUAAUGAACUUCCUGUUGCCACGCACCACACCACCUUAAUCCAGCAUCAGACCAUCUUCCCAGUGCCAGUCCAGGACGCUCCAGUGACUUUGUACCAGUGCCAGUAUGAUGUCCUCCUGGGAGGGAAGUGGAGCAACUCUGCACGCAGCCUCCCUUUGACUGUAACCCGAGGAAACCCCCCUCCAUCAUCAACAGAUAGGUUGGGUGUGGACUGGCCUCUCGUACUUGGCGCUUUCUCCGCUGUGGUAUUGUGCCUCUGCUCUGUGGCACUCGUGGUUGUGGUGGCACACAGGAAAGUUAAAGCAGCAGCUGAGGAAAAGAAAAAAAGACAGGAAGCACAGUUCUGGACUCAGGUUCAUGCUAAGGACCAUGUUGUUGAUCUUACUCUCAGGCGAACAAGCUUCACGUCUCAGGAAUGGGCCAGUGUGGACACAACUACAGAGACAAGGUCCAGACUCCCUUUAUGGAACUCGCUUUCCACAUUUACAACCCCGAUCCAUUAGAAAUGUUUGUUUGCGCUCUCUCUCUCUCUCUUUCUCUCUCUUUCUCUCUCUCUCUCUCGCUGAGUGUUUAUACUUUAUUUGAGUUUAUCAAUGUAGCAUCAGUUGGAGUUACACAGCAGGACAGGAAGGGCUAUUUCCUCAGUUCCUAUUUCAUGUGAAGCAGUAAAAUUAUACAAUUUGACAGGAUGUGAUGUUUGUUUGAUCUUGAUGUUACUGAGCCAGUGAAUCUAAAUAAAGAUUGUAUGAUUAUUAUUAGUA